CUACCUUUUUUCUGUGUGCAUUCAUUUAGCUAUCUGGUGUACGAAACCGAUCCUGCUCACUUGUAUUCAGAUAUUCAAGAUGAUCUGCUCGUUGGCCUUAAGUCGACUGCUAUCCGUUUUGGUAGUGACACCAAAUCUUGGCUGGCUGGGUUUCAUUUGGCAAUGUCUGCCUCAUUGAUCGGAGUUGGCGUGAUUUCGGAGGCCGGGGGUAUUUAUUAUACUGGAUUGGCUAUCAUUCUUCUUAAAUUGGCUCGACUGGUAUGCUUAUUGUUUUCCAUAGAUCCUUGUGGUACAUACUCGUCGGACUAUUUGACUAAAUGA